AUGGAGUGUUACAAGGAAGUGGAGAAAAACUCCAAGAUGAAAUCUUUUUCGAACCAAUCCAUUAUGUUGGCCGCGCUAGACCAAGGCGGCCGCGAGCUUUCUCAAGAGGCUCUAGAGGCUUACGAAUUCCUUUCCAGUGUUGUAGAUGACUUGAACGAGCAGAACGAGGAGUUGGAGGAGGAGUACGAGAAAUUGUCGCAAAAGAAGUCCCGGAAGGGUACUCUGAAUGCCGUUGAGGAGAGAAAGCAAGAGGUGGAGAAUUUCAAACUACGCAAUGAGCAACACGUUGAAGAAAUCGAGACGAUCAUGAGCUACUUGAAAACCAGAAAAGUCUCUGUUGAUCUGGUGCUAGCCAUCCAGGAAGACUUGAGGUUCUAUGUGGAGUCAAAUCAAGACCCAGACUUUGUAGAUGAUGACACCUUGUACGAUGAUCUCAAGCGAGAAGCAAGGGAGAACCACGAAAAAAAUGCAUUGGUUGCUGUUGCCGAAGACUCCGACAUGACGGGCCAUGAAAGUGGCUCGACUACUCUCGUCAACGGCGAUGCCUCUGCUUCUCCAGAUCCUUUGCAAAAUGACUCGGCGUCGCAUAUUCACGAGAAAAGUCAUUCUAAAUUCAAUUCUCCCAGCCCAUCCGCUGCUGUGUCUGAUGCAUCUUCGAAGAAUACAUCAGGUGGUGCUUUCUCUCUAUCACAGGCGCAUUUGCACCUGUCACCCAAGGACAAAUUUCCAGGUAGAAUCGAUACUAGCGACAUCUCAAGUCCAGGUUUUAUCACGAACUUGAAACCCGCAGCAACUCCCACAAAGCCUGUGGGUGCCCUCAAAUGGUCUCUUGCAGCUGCAGGCGCCUCUCAAAGCCAGGAUGGUACCAAUGGGUCUAGUCACGAAACUUUUGGUAAGGCUGCGGAUGCGGUUCCAAGCAACGUUCAACUGUUGUCAACUCCUGUCAUUCACUCUGAAUCUAAUGGAUCUGCCCCAGUGCCCGAGCAUCUCAAUAACAGUGAAAAUGUUGCUUCGCUGGAAUUGCUUUCACUUCUCACCAAGAACGACAAGUACUCUGCUCAUUUGGAAGUGUUGAAGAACUCGAAUUUACUGCCAGUUGAAAAUGAGUUGUUCAGCGAUGUUGAGCUUCUCGAGGUCCCAGCAGGUAUUCAAGAGUUCACCUUGGCUUACACUUCAACUAACAAAGCAACCGAGAACUCAAAGCUUCUUCGAUGUCCCUCAGUCUACACUCCCUAUGCCACUUUCAUUGACAGACCGGACUAUUCAGUUUCCAAGCAAUCAUUAUGGAAGCCCGUGGCUUUGUUAAGUAAGCUUAGCAACUAUUGGCAAAUCAUCCGCACAAACAAUAAAUUCGAACAGUAUGUCAAUGAUCUCGAGAUUUAUAGCGAGAAAGCACCUGUUGAGGCUAUGAACGCUCUUAAUGAGCUGACGAUGGUUUUGUUCUAUGGUCUUUAUUAUGGUCUACUUCCUUUGGAAAAUAUUAUCGCUGAAUCCUAUCUCUUCAAACUAGGAUGGAAGCCUUAUUUUAUGGAACUAGAAUCUCCGAAAGUUUCUCAAGGCGGUAGAAAACAGCCGAGAACCCAAUGUUGGCUCAAAAAACUCGGACCAACCACUACCACCAUAGAAGGCGGAGUUCAAUGCGAAGUGGGAGACUUCAGAGCCUUUGAUGCCAGAACAUGGGAAAUCCAUGUGAAGACCGCUUUUAGAUUUGACCCACGCUUAAGUCAGCCGAUGCCUAGCCGAACCUUACUAUGA